UAGAGUUAAACUCAAAGAUCAUCAAAUCUUUACCAAAAUCUAGCACUAGCAGUCUAGCAGCCUUCUCUCAUAUGAGAUGGCCAAUCAACCUUGUCCUCUCUUCACACUCUGCCCAUCACUUACGUUCCUUAGUUCGAUCAUGCACUCGCCAAUCCUCUCUCAACGUCGGCAAGAAACUCCACGCCGUUCUCAUCACCUCCGGCCUCGUCGCCUCUCCGGACGCCUUCCUCCGCAAUGCCCUUCUCCAUUUUUACGCCGCAUGUGGCAGCAUUUCUUUUGCUCGCAAACUGUUCGAUGAAAUUCCCAACUCGCACAAAGACGCUGCGGAUUGGACUGCUUUAGUGGGUUGCUUUGCUCGUCAUGGAAUUCCCAAAAAUGGGCUUCGUUUAUUUGUCGAAAUGAUAAGAGAAGGCCUGAGGGCGGAUGAUGUGGCCUUGGUUUGCUUCUUCAAUGCUUGCGCUCGGUUGGGCAAUGCUGAGGUUGGUCUGCAAGGGCAUGGGGUUUUGGAGAAGAUGGGGUUAGGCGCCAGUGUUAAGGUCUGCAAUGCGGUUAUGGACAUGUAUGUCAAGUGCGGGAUGUUGCGUGAGGCAAGGCGGGUGUUUGAAAGGAUGGAGGAACGAAGUGUUGUGUCAUGGACCGUGAUCUUGGAUGGUGCGGUUAACUUGGAAGGUAUGAAAAGUGGGAGAGUGGUGUUUGAUGGCAUGCCGGAGAGGAAUGAGGUUGCUUGGACUAUAAUGGUUGUUGGUUAUGUGGCCAACGGGUUUAAUCGUGAAGGGUUGUCCCUUCUUUGUGAAAUGGUUUUUGGUUGUGGUUUGAAGCUGAAUCAUGUCACGCUUUGUUCGGUUUUAUGUGCAAGUGCACAGUCUGGGGAUCUAUUGAUGGGCAGGUGGGUUCAUAUAUAUGCUCUAAAGAUGACGGAGAGGAAGAUAGAUAUAAUGGUGGAUACAGCUCUGGUUGACAUGUAUGCAAAAUGCGGUAGAAUAGACACGGCAAUGAAAGUUUUCGAGCAAAUGCCACUAAGGAAUGUAGUGGCGUGGAAUGCUAUGCUUAGUGGUUUAGCAAUGCAUGGAAAGGGCAAAGUUGUAUUAAAUUUAUUCCCUCAGAUGAUUAUGGAAGCCAAGCCAGAUGACUUGACCUUUACUUCCUUGUUGAGUGCUUGCAGCCACUCGGGUCUAGUUGAAGAAGGUCGCCGUUACUUCCACAAUCUUGAAUCGUUAUACAGAAUUACGCCUAAGAUAGAACAUUAUGCCUGUAUGGUGGAUCUGUUGGGUAGGGCAGGUCAUAUAGAAGAAGCUGUGGAUUUAGUAAAGAAAAUGCCAAUGCCUCCGAAUGAGGUUGUUCUUGGUUCCCUUUUGGGUUCCUGCAGCAUUCAUGGGGCGCUAAAACUAGGCGAACGAGUUCUGAAAGAGCUGGUUCUGGAUCCCCACAACACAGAAUAUCACUUCUUGCUUUCUAACAUGUACACCUUGGAAGGAAAGCACGAAAAGGCUAAUUCCAUUCGGCAUGUUCUCAAGAAUAGGGGCAUCAGAAAGGCUCCUGGAAUGAGUUCAAUUCAUGUCGGUGGCAAACUCCAUCAGUUCAGUGCAGGAGACAAGUCACAUCCACAAACCACAGGGAUUUAUAUCAUCUUGGAUGAAAUGAGGAGGCUGAGAUUGGCCGGUUACGUUCCCAACACGAAUUCCCAAGUUUUUUUUGGCGGUGACACUAGAGAAAGUAAUGCAGAGGAGCUGGAGGAGAUAGAGCAGGCACUGUUCUCUCAUAGUGAGAAGCUGGCGGUGUGUUUUGGGCUUAUAAGCACAAGACCCGGUACCCCUCUUAUUUUCAAGAAUUUACGCAUAUGCCUAGACUGUCAUGCUGCUAUUAAGUUAGUCUCUGACAUAUACAAUCGAGAAAUUGUAGUUAGGGAUCGCAACCGCUUUCAUUGUUUCAAGCAAGGUUCCUGUACUUGUUCAGAUUAUUGGUGACAAUGGCAAAGUUUUGGAGCUGGUGGUGGAUAUAUAGAAAAUAUGGUACGAGUCCUCUGAUUAGCUCAUUUUCUAAGGGUCAUCACACUCAUGACGUUCACAAAGGAUGAAACUCUGUAUCCCGACGAGAUUUUCUAUGUCAUUAUGUCUUCGGCGAUUGCAGAUAAGGUACUAAAACAAUCCCAGAAACUGAAUAUACAGAAAGAGGAGAUGGAGGUCGAGUAUUGGUUCCGUUCGGGAAUUGGCGUGGGAUUUACUGUCGGAUUUUUUUGGUGCCAUUAUUAGUCCAUUACUCCAUUGCUUCUCCAAGUCUGUCUUUUAAACGAUUUCUGUUCGAGUUAU